GCGAGAACAGCGGGUUAAAUACCACAUUUUACUUUACACAGGGAACACACACGCGCACGCACGCGCACGGAGAAUCGACGCGCUGGAGUCCACGGGUUCUGAGCAGGAAUGGUGGAUUGUUUGUUGGUGAAUGAAGAAACAUUCCUCCCAUACGGUUCUUCCUUGCCAGGCCACGUGUCAGACAUGGUGAGGGACGAGCGAGUCUACCAGGUGCUUUCCUCUCAGUUCUCUGAUGACGAGCUGAGUGACAAUUCCAGCUUACGUUCCUGCUCCAGCCCUGAGUCUCAGCUCCUGGGCUCCAGGUGCAGCAGUAACAGCAGUUCAAGUGGUGAGAACCAAGAUGGCUUUCUGGAAUUCCUUCUCUCUCAGAGCCAACCAUCUUCUACCCCAGUGUUAACUUCUGCCAUGGUUCCUCCUGUCCUCCCUAUGGAACUGGCCUGGGAGUCUCGCAGAGAUCGGACCACCAAAGAGGGAUGCUUUGAUUUUCCUGUAUUUCCUGGAGAUCUGGAGGAACAUGCAGGACUUCUCUUUCAGCCCACACUGGAGGAGAUUGAGGAAUUUCUAGAGGAGAACAUGGAGGUUGUAGCGUUAGAGGAGAAAGCUGAAACAACUCAAGACACCUCAGAAAUGAAGACACAAGACCAAACAGUGCCUGAUUCCAGUAUGAUGUUAAUGAACAAGCUGAAGCACAAAAAUGUCCAGUCUUCUGAAGGACUCAUUAAAACUUCUCAUACUGCAGUGAUGAAGGAAUCAUUCUCUGGGAAGAAGUUGGCAGUAGAGAGCCCAGGGAUACCAGUGUUUCUGAAGACCCAGCCCGUUUCCAUCAAACUGGAACCAAAUCUAACAACCACGUCGCAGUUGCCACCGGCGACCACAGACAUCAAAAUAACCCAGCUGCUCGUCAACAUCCAGGGCCAGACAUUUGCUCUGGUUCCUCAGGUAGUUCCACCAGCAAGCCUCAGCAGCGCUUCUAAAUUUGUCCGCAUUGCUCCUGUCCCCAUUGCAGCCAAACCUUCAGGACCUACUGAGAAUUCGGCUGGAGGAACUCAGGGAACAGGACUCCUAAUCGGUAGUCAGAAAUUCCAGAAGAGCUCCGUCGCUGAUCUAAUUAAAAUGCACAAGUGCACUUUCCCAGGCUGUGCAAAGAUGUACACUAAGAGCAGUCACCUGAAGGCUCACCUGAGAAGACACACGGGGGAGAAACCGUUCGCCUGCACGUGGCCAGGAUGCUCCUGGAGGUUCUCAAGGUCAGACGAGUUGUCCCGUCACAGACGCUCACACUCUGGCGUGAAACCGUAUCAGUGUCACGUCUGUGAGAAGAAAUUCGCCCGCAGUGAUCACCUGUCCAAACACGUCAAAGUCCACCGCUUUCCACGAAACAGCAGGACGACACGCUCUACACACUGACCUCACAUAACACUGUCUCUCUCUCACACACACACACACACACACACACACACACAGGUGCUAUUUAUUGGUGGAAAACUGUAGCUAGAAAUUUGACAGGUUUUAUCCUGGUCUCUGUAGAGAGGAUUUGGUUUGAUGAGUUUCUUGGUUUCUUGGGUUUUCAGUGAGAAUCACGUCGCGCUUUAUGGACGAAAUAUUUGUAUCUCUGAGGCGUGACUCAGUGUUGAUGUUUCUGCCUGAAGUAUCUCUGAUGGUUAUAAUGCGUGAUAACACUCGCCAUGCUGGAACUCCGGAAAACCGAAAACACAAGUUCCUUGCAGCCGCUGAUCCGAAUCAGGACUACGGCAUUAUACACUACAUGAUCACGCUUUAACACCAGACACUCGCCUCACAACAAGGUAAAGGGUGCCAAAACUUUAAUCUCAAGUGUAAGUACAGUUUGAGAAAUGAGAGAAUUGAUGAGAUGAAGGUGGUAGGAAUCACUGAGCCAAUCGGACGAGCUUCAAUCACAAGCUCCGCCUACAUUCAGCUCACAUCCUCAGUUAUGGUACAGAAUCAUUACUGAGAGAAAACUGCACUGUGGGAUUUUGGGUAAUGAAGCCAGUUGAAAUGUUUAGUGUUAAAGUGUGGUUAAAUUCUGCUGCUUUUUUUGGAGGAGAGGAGUUCUAAACUCGUUCCAAACCUGCUAUAAACCCGUUCUUAACCCACUAUAAACCUAUUCUAAACACCUAUAAACCCGAUAUAAACCUGAUAUGAACCCGUUCUAAACUCAUAUUGAACCCAUUAUAACCCACUAUGCACCUGUUCUAAGCCUGUUCUAAGCCAGAAAACAGGAUGAAACCUGAAGAACCACGCACAGGAAUCACAGCUGGCCAGGAUGCAGCUGUUGUUCUGAUCAGUAUUAAAUAUUAAUGUUAGAUUUUGUUUAUAUUGUUUUUGUGAAAAUGUGAUGAGUUUUCACAUCUUUAUGUUCUUAAUCAGGGCCAAUGUAGAA